AUGCGAGAUUUCCAGGAAGUUGUGAGAACCUGUGAAUUUGUCGAUAUGAGUUACCAGGGUCCACGCUAUACAUGGUGUAAUAAACGACAUGAUGGUGUAAUAUGUAAGAAGUUGGAUCGAGUGUUAGUGAACCAAAAAUGGAUUCAGCAGUUUGGUCAAUCUCACUCGGUGUUUGAGCCAGGAGGUUGCUCAGACCACUUGAGAUAUCGUUUUUACAUCACUGCAGAAAUUCAGCGAGUGCAGAAACCCUUUAAGUUUAUCAAUGAAGUUGCUUUACAUCCGGACUACCAGACACAACUUGUCGACUUAUGGCAACGCUCUCCUCCACUCUUUCACUCUACCUCUGCCUUGCAUAGAUUCUCAAAGUCUCUCAAAGGACUGAAACCUUACAUUCGAGGCCUUGGGAAGCAAAUGGUGAGCAAUAUUACUGCUCGAACAAAAGCAGCCUAUAAAGCUUUAUGUGAAGCUCAGGCGCAGACAAUGGCUUUCCCGUCUUCUCAACUGAUUAGUGUAGAAGCAACGGCAUAUGCCAAAUGGAGGAAGUUAGCUGAUAUAGAAGAGUGUUUUCUGCAGCAAAAGACAAAACUACAUUGGCUCAAGGUCGGGGAUCAGAACAAUAAAGCUUUCCAUGCCUCAGCAAAGCUUCGAGAGAUGAAGAAUAAUAUUAAGGAGAUUCAAUGUGACGAUGGGAGAGUGGUUGAUACACAUGAUCACAUUAAGGUCGAAGCUGAGAGAUAUUUCAAUACCUUUCUCACAUAUUCCCCUGCGGACUAUGUUGACUGGUCACUGGAGGAACUGGCUGACGUUCUUGAUUAUAAGUGUGAUGAGCAUGACAAAAACCUACUUACCAGAGAGGUUUCCAAGGAGGAGAUACGAAGAGUGCUGUUUGCUAUGCCUACAAACAAAUACCCAGGCCCUGAUGGCUUCAAUGUCGAGUUCUUUAAAGCGUCCUGGUCAGUGGUGGGUGAGGAUUGUGCUGUUGCUAUCCAAUCCUUUUUCCGGACUGGUUUCUUGCCAAAAGGGGUUAAAAGAAGGAGGUUGAAGAUCAUUCUGCCCAAGUUUAUCUCCUCAAACAAGUCUGCUUUCAUCAAGGACAGAUUGUUAAUGGAAAACCUUCUCCUAGCAACAGAACUUGUCAAAGACUACCAUAAGGAUCCUGUCAAUGGUGAGCUAGCAGGCUACUUUGGUAGCAAAAGGGGGCUUCGACAAGGUUGUUCUUUGAGCCCUUAUUUGUUUGUGAUCUGCAUGAAUGUCCUCUCACGCACAUUGGAUAAGGCUGCACAGCAAAAGAAGUUUGGUUUUCAUCCUAACUAUGGUAAAAAGCAAUCUAUUGAGGGAGCUCUGGAGGUGUUUACUGACUUUGCGAAACACUCCGGCCUGCAUAUUAGUCUUGAGAAAUCCACUCUUUAUAUGGCUGGUGUUUCCCCGGAACAUAAAGAGGAGAUAGUCAACCUGUUUCCCUUUGAAUAUGGAACACUCCCUGUUCGAUAUCUAGGCCUUCUUCUGUUAACUAAAAGAAUGUCCGUUGCAGAUUAUCUUCCGCUACUUCCAAAGGCUUGUGUUCGAGAAAUAGACAAACUUUGUUCUGCUUUUUUGUGGGAUGUCCCUUCUUUAAAUCCUAAAAAAGCAAAGACUGCUUGGUCAGAUGUUUGUCUGCCAAAGAAUGAAGGCGGCUUAGGCUUACGUUCAAUAGAAGAAGCAAACAAAGUAUGUAUCCUUAAGUUGAUCUGGCGACUCCAUUCUGCUAAAGGUUCAUUAUGGGUGAACCGGGUUCAGCGGCAUCUCAUUCGGAAUGGUUCUUUCUGGGCAGAGCAAGCCAACACAACGGUGGGUUCCUGGAUAUGGAGGAAACUCCUAAAAUAUCGAAUCAUAGCAAAGCAGUUCUAUCGUGUUCAGGUUCAUAAUGGGGAGUCCACCUCCUUUUGGUUUGAUAACUGGUGUCAACUAGGAUGUCUUCAUGACAAACUAGGAGACAGAGGCCCUAUUGUUCUUGGGAUCCCACUUUCAAGUACAGUCGAAGAGAUUAAGGAGGAGAUUCUUACACGCAAGGUUAGUCGAAAUGGGGAAGAGCAAGAUGAAGCACUCUGGAAAGGGCGAGAAGCUGGUUACCGCAAGAAGUUUAUCACAAAGGACACCUGGUCCCUUAUACGCAUUCCUCAUCCUACUUUUGAGAGCCACAAAGUGAUUUGGUUCCCUUACGCUACUCCGAAGUAUGCUUUUAUUACUUGGCUCCUAGUUAAAGGCAGGCUAAGCACAGGAGACAAAAUGCAGAGAUGGAAUACAUGGGCGAACACCGGUUGUCGAAUUUGGGAGACCCUAGUGAAGAAGAUGUUACUAACCAAAUACACCAUAGACUGGCAUGAUAUCAUGGCACUGCUGGGUGGCGACGAUCUCGACAAGACUACGCAUUUCAGAACACGAUACAUUCCAUUUGGUUAG